AUGCCCUCCGCAUCGGCCAAUGUACACGGCAAUCAUCAGUCCGGGCAAUACGCCAAUACCGGUUCCAGUCCAUCAUACGAGGGACAGUCCAACGGACAGUCCAACAGACAGUCCAACAGAAGCUCAAUGGCAAGCUCAGCAAGCAACACCGGCGCAAGAUCGCUGGAUCGUCAGCCGGAGGAGAGGCUAGAUCAAGAGCCUUCGAUCAACAUCGACGGUCUGUUACAAAGGCUGCAGAGUAUGACCCCUGAAUCCCGAGAGGAAGAGUUUGGUCAAUUGGCCGCAGCAAUACUGAAGAAUCUCUUCGACUCGAGCCAUUGGUGCAAACAAAAGAUCCAAAAGUCCAGAAACGCAACCGAGACAUUGCUGAAGGCCAUCAUAGAGCGCGACCGAAGUGAGCCCAGUGGAACUGGUCGCCGCGCCUGUUACUAUUGCUUCGAGAUGUUACGAGAAGACAGAUUCGGCAAGGACCAGCCCGCCAACGCCAUCCUGAAAGCCAACGGAAACUACAGACCGUUCAACGAGAAGCGCAAAUAUCCCGAAUCGACAAACAUUGAGCCCUUGCGGCAGUUCUGUAUGGAUUGCGGCGUCCGUCUCCACUUUUACCGGCGCUGCCGGCGCUUCGUUUCGGAGACCGGCGCGGCUUGGUGGGCCUGCCGCUGCCGGGUGCUACGCCUGGUUGUGGACGAUGAGAAUGAACCUUGCCCGGAUUGCAACUGUGUUUGCCCGCUCAGGAACCCUGACGAAGAUGAUGACACCUUUGAGUCGGACGAGUCGGAUGGGUUGGACCCUUGA